UUAAAAAUGUCGUGUAAUAUGUAAUUUUUUUUCUUAAAUCUAUGUACGGUAUGUUUUAAAAUGUUAUUGCUAUGCUUUUUCUUGGUCAAUUUUGAACAGGCACUGACGUUACCAAAAGUGGUUCCUCGCUCCUGCAGUAGACUGGUUUUGCUUUUCUUGGAGAAUGCUGUACGGUUGUAAAUCCAGUGUAGGGAGUUUUCAGGUUAUCUGUUGUUUUUGGGGUUAAUCUGGUUUACAUCACGCUGUUUAUGAAAGAGAUGUUGUUAAAUCUCCUGAUAAAUGAUGCAGGAGCGAUCCAGAGCUAAAUUUAGCGUCACCGUGGAGGCACCCCUGUCACAGCAGGAUGAGAUUGUACUGACCCCAGCGUGAAGAGCACAGACAUGGCUGUCGUCAGUGGAACUUACCGCAUGGUGUCGGAGGAGGAGCAGGCUCUCCGGGCCAAGCUGGAGCGCCUCACCGUCAAGGACCAUGGUCCCGUGUUUGGACCCAGCCCCAGCCUGCCAGAUCACACCCGGCAGAAGGCCAAAGACGAGCUGAACGAGACGGAGGAGAAGCGUGUGUCGGCGGUGAAGGAGCUUCGAGGUAUUAUCAAGGAGAAGGCGGAUGCAGGGGAUGAGCUGGCCAAAGGGGUGCAGGACACUUUUGGGGAGAAACCCGACAGCAUGCUUGUUCGCUUCAUCCGAGCCAGGAAGUACGACGUGCACAGAGCCUUCGAGCUCAUGAAGGGUUAUGUGCGCUUCAGGAAAGAGUACCCUGAGCUCUUUGAGAACUUGACUCCAGAGGCUGUGCGCAGCACCAUCGAGGCCGGCUACCCCGGCAUCCUGCAGAGCCGAGACAAGUACGGCCGCGUGGUUCUGCUCUUCAACAUCGAGAACUGGGACUACGAGGAGAUCACCUUCGACGAGAUUCUGCGGGCCUACUGUGUCAUCCUGGAGAAGCUUCUGGAGAACGAGGAGACUCAGAUCAAUGGCUUCUGCAUCAUCGAGAACUUCAAGGGCUUCACCAUGCAGCAGGCAUCCGGCAUCAAACCCACAGAGCUCAAGAAGAUGGUGGACAUGCUGCAGGACUCGUUCCCGGCUCGUUUCAAAGCGGUGCACUUCAUCCACCAGCCGUGGUACUUCACCACCACCUACAACGUGGUCAAACCCCUCAUGAAGAGCAAGCUGCUGGAGAGGGUCUUUGUGCACGGGGACGAGCUGGAAAACUAUUACAAGGAGUUUGACGCCGACAUCCUUCCCGCAGAGUUUGAUGGGAAGGCUGCCAAAUACGACGGCAAAGCCACGGCGGCCAAGUUGUUUGACUAAAAGUUUUUUUUUUAAUCUCGGUUCAAUUCUAUAGACUGCUGAGACUUGUGAGUGUGAGCGAGGAUCACCUUUUCUCCAUGUUCUUUUUGGGGUCCAAUUAAAGCCUGAACAGCCUUUUGACGAAUUGCACUAACACUGCAUUAUGGCACAGCCUCUGCUUUAUUGACAUGUGGCAUAUUGAACAAAUAAAAUUAAAACAGCCCCAAUAUAACUAUUAAGAAGCAUUAUUUGGGUCAACAUGUAAUUGCAUAGCAUACCUUGACUUACAUUGCAAUGGUUAUAGCCUGUGUAAUGAGCUUUAAGGUUAAGUUUGGACCCCUCUGUUUAGUAUAAGCGUUUUAAGAAGCCUAAUUUACAAAAAAAAAGAAAAAAAGGACAUGAUUGCUUGGCAAAUACCACCAUUUUUGCUACCUCCGCUUACCGUCAUGGUUUAGUUUGGAACGUGGCUUGUACUUGCAGUAAAGUUCAAUAUUGAUUCAAUUUCAAGGAAUCUUAGGGUCAUACAGUAGACCCCUACUAUUCGUUGGGGUUACAUUCCAAGAACACCCAUAAAUGGAAUGCCGAACCACCAAUAGGUGGAUCUGGUUCCUGGGUACCAUUAGUUUGAGCCCACGUACCACUAGUGGUUCUCGUACUAGAUAAAUGUCAUUGCCUUUGUCAGUCAUUAUUCAAGCAUCAACUGUUUCUUCAAACUUGGUCUUGGGCUUUUUCUGGACCCCUGUAGAAAACUCACACCCUCUAAACCAGGGGUGUCAAACUCGUGCCACGGAGGGCCGAGACACUGCAGGUUUUUAUCUCCAACCAGUUUCUCCAGCAGGUGAUUUAAUUGAUGAGCUCCUUCCCUCAAAUUGAAGGUGCUGAUCAUUAAAAUCAUCUGCUUUAGUAGCUAGCUGGUAAGAAAACCUGCAGUGUCUCGGCCGUCCAUGGCACAAGUUUGACACCCCUGCUCUAAACUGUUUAUUGUGGUUAAGUUUUCAGUAAGUGCCUGCUUGUCUCUUAUUGUCUGUUUGACAGCUAUUGACUACAAUACUAUCACUGUUUCACAUUGUGCUACCUGCUGUACCAGUUGAUGUACAAUAAACUGUAUAUAUAAAGUUAA